UUCGUAGCGUACACGCGUUCCGGUUGUAAAGCACGGUAUGUCACGCAACAGCUGAUGGUCUGAUGUCGAUACCACCUCUAAUCACCCACAUGAUCGCGGUCGCACGCCAUAGCGGCUCCGAAGAAUGACGGCUCCGAAGCAUGGUGGUCCCGAAGCCGAGUACCGAGCUCGCUCAACAAUGUUGCUCCCUUUCUCGUUCUCGUGUCAAGACGGCGCAAUGUCUACUAAGAAGAAACAACCAAGAUGAACGCCUACUCUUUUGCACUUGCUGGACGAAGCAAUAGACUGCUCUUGCGACUGCGAUUGAGCGGCCAGCGACGACUUAAUUCGACAAAGCCUCAAGACAAAGCCCAGGAUGUGCCCAAAGCAACAACGAUCCCAGGACCAGGCAUGACCUGGAUUGAACCCUUGAAAGAGCCGUUCCGGGCCUAUGGUCGCAUGCAAUAUCGCUCGCCAUACAUCACACAACUAUCGACGACAUUGAUCAUCUACUUCUUGGGUGACUUGUCAGCCCAGAAGGUCUCCAGCGAUGAACCCUACGACCCUUCCCGUGGUCUACGAGCACUUGUGAUCGGUGGCAUAUCGUCGAUACCGAACUACAAGUGGUUCAUGUUCCUGGGCAACCACUUCAACUACAAGUCACAUGCGGUUUCCAUUGCGACCAAGAUUGUCGUCAACCAGACCUUCUUCACACCAUGCUUCAACACAUAUUUCUUCGGCAUGCAGAGUCUACUAUCAGGGCAGUCGCUCGCACAGACAAAGCAAAGAGUUAUGGACACGGUGCCUGUGAGUUGGAGAAACAGUUGGAAGUUGUGGCCAGCAGUCACGGCGUUCAGUUUUACAUUUGUGGCGCCGCAGUACAGAAGUGUGUUUGCGGGAGUCAUUGCUAUUGGAUGGCAGACCUACUUGAGUUGGUUGAACAUGAAGGCGCAGAAAGAGGAGGAUGAGAGGGCAGCGACUUCGGCGGCCGCGGCUCCUGUGACUGCUCCAUCAACGGCAGUUCCUGCUGUAUGAGCGUGCGGAGCAGUCUGAGAAUAACACGAAAAUACACCUGAACCGCCCUGUUCGGCCUGCUUCAGCUGCUGCCAG